GUCUUCCGUCAUCUCCGGUUCCCCAAGGGGAGGGUCUCCUUAUCUUCUGGAGCCGUAGAGCUCCUCAUAAAGCUGACAACAUGGGUUUUGGAGACCUGAAAACCCUCGCCGGCCUCCAGGUUCUCAAUGAUUACCUGGCCGACAAGAGCUACAUCGAGGGGUAUGUGCCAUCACAAGCAGACGUGGCAGUAUUUGAAGCAAUCUCGGGCCCUCCACCUGCCGACUUGUGUCACGCCCUACGUUGGUAUAAUCACAUCAAGUCUUAUGAAAAGGAAAAGGCCAGCUUGCCAGGUGUGAAGAAAGCUUUGGGCAAGUAUGGGCCCACUAAUGUGGAAGACGUGACAGGAAGUGGAGCUGCAGACAGUAAGGAUGACGAUGACAUUGAUCUCUUUGGAUCUGAUGAUGAGGAGGAAAGUGAAGAAGCAAAGAGGCUAAGAGAAGAACGCCUUGCACAGUACGAGUCAAAGAAAGCCAAAAAGCCUGCGCUUGUUGCCAAGUCUUCCAUCUUGCUCGAUGUGAAACCUUGGGAUGAUGAAACAGACAUGGCCAAAUUGGAAGAGUGCGUUAGAAGCAUUCAAGCAGACGGCUUGGUCUGGGGCUCUUCUAAGCUCGUUCCAGUGGGAUAUGGAAUUAAAAAACUUCAGAUACAGUGUGUGGUUGAAGAUGAUAAAGUUGGCACAGAUAUGCUGGAGGAACAAAUCACUGCUUUUGAAGACUAUGUGCAGUCCAUGGAUGUGGCUGCUUUCAAUAAAAUUUAAAAUUUAUCCUGAAUGGUGCCAUUUAAAUAAAACUCUGAAAGA